CGAAGUCGCGCGGUGCGUCUGUCGCUGUAGUACUCAGGUCAGAUACUUUUUCCGCAAAUGUCACAGCCUAUGGUUGCGGUUGCGGGGCCCAGCGGCGUGAACCCACGCCGUCGAAAGUUAGUCGACCAAGAUGUUCCUGCUGUAUUGCGCUCGAAAAAAGCUAAACGAGCGCGUCUUUCUCGUCGCCAGCGCAAGCAGCGCAUUAUUGAAGAGAACGAAAAGUACCAACAGCUUGUUCUCUUCUGGAUAAGAAUCAUCAAGUACUUCAUGAAUAAGGCCGCAAGAGCAAAAGCAGGAACAGAAUCAGCGCCAACUUCAGAGUCCGGCCCAUCAGCAGGGUCCGGCCCAUCAUCAGGGUCUGGCCCUUCAUCAGCGUCCGGCCCUUCGUCAGCGACCGGUACUUCUUCAGUGACAUUGGAGACAUCGGUGGCAUCACAGGCAUCACACAGUGAUCCAGACCACUGUGCAUUGGCGGCAUCGGCACCAUUGGCGGCAGCAGCAGCUGAACAGCCCAAGACAUCAGCUGAACCACCACUACCGCCAAUAUCAACACAGCCGCCAGCGCCACCAGCAGCUCUGCCAGACACAGCACCAUUAGCACCACUGUCGCCAGCAUCUGCACCAUUGGCUGCAGUACCAAACGAACAGCUCAUCGUCACCGCAGUGCCGUCAUUGCCGUUUCCAGGUGAAAAUGCAGGCAGUGCUGAUGUGUUAGCGCAGGGAUCUGACGAAGACCUGAUUGUGGAAUAUAACGAUUCCAUACCAUUGUUCGAGAGCGAUACACAUGAUAUGUACGUGAUUGUGGAUGAUUCAGAUUACACCUUCGAAUUGCCCUUUGAGUGUAUGGAGAGUGGCAGAUAUGCUGCUGAAGCAUAUAUGUGAAUUAUUCUCAUCCUCAACUGAAGAUCUUAUACCUUACGUGUUUUACUAUUAUAAAUUAUUCAUAAACAUAAACAUUUUAUUGCCUAUCAUAAUAUAGAAAUAGUGUCUUGUAUAACCUAUCAUAUAUUAGUGAUAAAUAAAGUACUUUCACCCCCUAUUUGUAGUCACUGUAAACGACCAACUGAGACUUGUGUUACCUUAUAUGGUGGCUGCGGGCUGUGUGACAAAGGGGAGGGGCCGGAACCCCCACAACCACUCACUUGUUAUUUGUGGUCUGUGGAAUGCGUUGUAUGUGCAUCGCGCGAUGUGUCCUCGGUUUGGCACAGCUACUUUUAGAGUUACGACUCACGUACGAACCGGCAGCAACACGCACGCCGCGUCUACCCAGCCACCAGGUAAGAUAACGUUAAGACUCAGCAGGUCUCCUGUCGAUUGCACCUGUCUUCUUCUGCAGGCUGUGCACCAAUGUAAUUAGAAAAAAAAUUAAUCGGCAACCUGCUUUCAAUUUAUCAAUGUAACAUAGUUCGUUAAUUCCUGUAGACUUGUACUAACAUACUUUUUAAAGAGGUAUUGAUGUGUAAGUAGGGUUUAGAACCUGAAAAUUUCUUUUAACUCAGUCUUCGCAGUAUCGAGUUUUCAGUAACGAGUACUACCCAGCUGGGGGUACUUAAUGAUCACCAAAAAAUUAAAUAAUUAAAAUUUCAUUAACUGUUGUUUACUUUUACUCACAACAUACUAUGUAAGCCGAUACUGAUGUGUAAAUAAGGUCCUAAACUUGAAAAAGUUGAA